AUGCGAGUACUUAUCGUUGUUUUAUUCAUAAGUCUUAUUCUUAUGUAUUUAUUCUCAGUUACUGAUCAAAGUCCACUUGGUCCACGUACUCAUGGGAGAGGACAACUUCGUACAUCACAAAGUGAUCAAAAGAUGCAUCAAUCUCCUUUGCUAAAACGACGUGGAAGUAUUCGACGAAAACACAAAUCUCCAACCAGCGGCAGUGGCACUAUACGAAAACCUGUCAAUCGUUUUCGUCCACCACACAAGCGAAAGAACUGA